AUGUCUGGUAACGAAGAUCUAUCCGGGCCUGUGUCUCAAGAAGACAUAGAGGAGGCGGAGGAACUAAAAAAUAGAGCAAAUAAUUUUUUUAAAAUACAAAACUACAACCGCGCAAUUGAAUUAUACACUGAGGCAAUAGAGAAGAACCCAACGAAUGCGGUUUACUUCGCAAAUAGAAGUAUAUCUAACUUAAGGCUUGAAAAUUUUGGAUAUGCACUAAAUGAUGCAUCUAAAGCCAUAGAUCUAGAUAAGUUUUACACCAAGGCCUACUACAGACGGGCGGCUGCUUACAUGUCUCUAGGAAAGUACAAACUAGCCCUUAAGGACUUUGAAUAUGUAACCAAAGUAAGGCCAAAUGACCAAGAUGCAAAAAUGAAAUACAAUGAAUGCAAUAAAAUAGUUAAGAAGAUUGCAUUUGAAAAAGCCAUAUCUGUGGAUAUGAAAGUAGUUAAUAUAGCGGAUUCCAUCAAUCUUGAUGCCAUGACUAUUGAAGAUGAAUACGAUGGUCCCAGUCUAGAAGAUGGCAAAGUGACGCUGAAGUUUGUCACUGACCUUAUGGAAUACUACAAGGAACAAAAGAAAUUACAUAAGAAAUAUGCUUAUAAGAUACUAAUAGAUGUCAAGGCAUAUUUCCAAAAGCAGCCAUCACUAAUUGAUAUAAAAGUACCAGACAACCAAAAGUUCACAGUAUGUGGAGAUAUACAUGGACAGUUUUAUGAUUUGAUGAAUAUAUUUAAAUUAAAUGGUCUGCCGUCUGAGAAAAAUCCAUAUUUGUUCAAUGGAGAUUUUGUGGAUCGAGGCUCUUUUAGUGUAGAAUGCAUUUUUACACUAUUCAGUUUCAAAUUGCUAUAUCCUGACCACUUCUAUAUGUCGCGAGGUAACCAUGAAACUCGAGACAUGAACAGAGUGUACGGCUUUUGUGGAGAAGUUACAUCUAAAUAUACUUCACAAAUGGUCGAUCUCUUCACCGAACUGUACAAUUGGUUACCGCUGGCCCAUUGCAUUAACAACAGAGUGCUAGUAAUGCACGGUGGAUUGUUCUCGAAGGAUGACGUCACACUAGAUGAUAUAAGGAAUGUGGAUAGAAACAAACAGCCGCCUGAAGAUGGUAUAAUGUGCGAGCUGCUUUGGUCGGAUCCUCAACCAAUGGCAGGGCGGUCGCAAUCCAAAAGAGGCGUGGGCUGUCAGUUCGGACCAGACGUCACUGCCAACUUCCUUCAGAAGAACAAGUUGGACUACAUAAUACGAAGCCAUGAAGUGAAAAACGAUGGCUAUGAAAUCGCCCAUGAUGGGAAAUGUAUUACAGUGUUCUCCGCUCCCAAUUACUGUGACACAAUGGGCAAUCUCGGCGCUUACAUCACAAUGAACGGCAAGGAGCUUAAACCUAACUUCACUACUUAUGAAGCUGUGCCGCAUCCCGACGUGAAACCAAUGGCCUACGCGCAUUCCCUAGUUAGUAUGAUGUGUCAA